AACAAAACACUAACAACGUGAAUUUGUUAAUUUUUUAAUUCUUUGCGAAAAUAAACCAAAAAUAUGGAAAAUUUAGAUAAUAACAAUCAAUUAAUAGAGGAUGUAUUUACUACAAGUGAAAAAACGCUAACUGACGAUGAAAAACAAAAACUAACGGAACAAAAUAAGCGAUUAAUACCGGAAUUUAAGGCACGCCAGCUUGAGGCUCAGGCACAAAAACAUUGGGAUCUUUUCUAUAAGCGCAAUGAAACACGUUUCUUUAAGGAUAGACGGUGGACAACACGAGAAUUCCAAGAAUUAAUACAAGAAAAUGUGGAGGCCUGCAGCUCACAGGGAUGUAGAAAACUUUUAGAAGUUGGUUGUGGUGUUGGCAAUUUUGUAUACCCCCUAAUGGAAGAACUGGAAGCAUUGGGUCAGUUGAAUAAUUAUUUCUAUGCCUGUGAUUUUUCACCACGAGCUGUAGAGUUUGUACGUUCCAAUCCUAAAUAUGAUGAAAAUAAAAUUAAAGCAUUUCAAUGUGACAUUACCACACAAACCAUACAUGACAAUAUACCCGCAGAGAGUUUAGAUAUAAUAUCAAUGAUUUUUGUAUUAUCCGCCAUAACACCGGAAAAAUUUGACUCUGUGAUUAAAAAUUUACAUAAAGUUUUGAAAUCUGGUGGCAUUGUGCUCUUUCGAGAUUAUGGACGUUAUGAUAUGGCUCAGUUAAGAUUUAAAUCGGGUCAUAAAAUUGCCGAAAAUUUCUACAUGCGUCAGGAUGGCACUAGAAGUUAUUAUUUUGCUGAACAGGAAUUGGCUGAUUUGUUUAAGCAUAAUGGUUUUGAGAUAUUAAGUAAUUGUUAUGUACAUCGUCGUACAUUGAAUGUAAAGGAGGGUAUUGAUGUUCCUAGAAUAUUUUUACAGGGUAAAUUUAGGAAAUUGUAAGUUUUGUCUUUUUUUUUAAUAAAUGUUUUGUUGCGUGUACAACAAUUA